AUGGUUAAAAAUGGUAACGAAGCUACUAAGGUCAUUGCUGUUCGCAAAGAAAGUCCAAUGGCACAAGCUAUUCUUAAAUGGGUACGAAGAUGUUUAGAGAAAAAAGUCGCUGGUUUGCGUGAAGAAUUUGCUGGUUUGAAAAGAUAUUGUCCUCCAGGAAUGACUACCAAUGCUUUUAAUGCUAAUGCUGAUCGUUCUCGAUACAAAGAUGUUCCUGCACAAGAUGCAUAUAGAGUUGUUUUAAAAUGGCACGCUAAUCCAGGAAUGGAAUACAUACAUGCUAAUUAUGUAGCAUCACCAAUUAGUGAAAAAAGAUUUAUUUGUUGUCAAGGACCAAUGGACAAUACAAUUGCUGAUUUUUGGCAUAUGGUUAUUCAAGAAGAAACUGAAGUUAUAAUAAUGCUUUGCAAUAUUAUAGAAAAAGGACAAAACAAAUGUUCUCAGUAUUGGCCAGAAACUAUUGGUGCUAAAGCACUUUAUCAAGAUAUUGAAGUAACUUUAGUAAAUAAUUCUGAAACUAUUGGAAAUGAUGUUAAUGUUAAAAAGAAUAGGCUACGCAUUCGUUGGAAAUCAGCUGAUGGAAAAGCUACUGGACGUGACAUUACUCAUAUUCAUUGGCAGGAUUGGCCUGAUAGAGGUGUUCCACCUACUUCUGGUACACCAGGUGCUUUACUAUCAGCCAUCCGUGGAAAUAGAAAACCUAUUGUUGUCCAUUGCUCGGCUGGUAUUGGUCGUACUGGAUCAAUUGUUGCUAUUGAAUGUGUCUUAGAAAAAUUAUCAUAUGGAAAAGAUUGUGAAAAUAUGGAUAUGUUAUUAAAAGAACUUCGUAGUCAGCGUCCAUAUAGUAUUCAGAAUGAUCUUCAAUAUCUUUUUGUUCAUCGUAUUGUUCUCUUUGCUAUUUUUGAUCGCUUCAAAGUAGGAGAAAUGGCUCCAGAAUUAGUUCCAUUGCAUCAACAAUUUAUUAAAGACUAUGACGAAGCUACAACUUAA